ACCUUUUCUGACCUCAGUUUUUCGGGGUAUUUUUUUCUGACAGAGACAGCGACUUGCGGCGCCAUAUUGAAAGAGGGAAAUUGUUCCAUAAAACGCGUAAAACGUCAAAUUUACCGCCAUGCUGUACCUGGAGGAUUACCUCGAAAUGAUCGAGCAGCUACCCAUGGAUCUCCGCGACAGGUUUACGGAAAUGAGGGAGAUGGACCUGCAGGUUCAGAACGCCACGGAUCAGCUGGAGCAGAAAGUGAUCGAGUUCUUCGUCAACGCAAAGAAGAACAAACCGGAGUGGAGAGAAGAACAGAUGGAGGUUAUUAAAAAGGAUUAUUACAAAGCUCUGGAAGAUGCAGAUGAGAAAGUCCAGCUGGCCAAUCAGAUUUAUGAUCUGGUGGACCGUCACCUGCGUAAACUGGACCAGGAACUGGCCAAGUUUAAGAUGGAGCUGGAGGCCGAUAACGCCGGCAUCACCGAGAUCCUGGAGAGACGAUCUUUAGAGAUGGACAGUCCAUCUCAGCCUGUCAACAACCAUCAUGUCCACUCUCACACCACAGCUGAGAAGAGGAAGUACAGCGCUCCAACUCACCACACUACAGAACAUGUUCCAGAGAAGAAGUUCAAAUCUGAAGCUCUGCUGUCCACGCUCACAUCAGAUGCCUCCAAGGAGAACACACCAGGCUGCCGCACCAACAGCACAUCCUCGUCCACCAACAACGUGUACAGUGUGAACUCCUCUCAGCCUCUGGCCUCCUACAACCUUAGCUCUCUACCAGCGGGGCCUGGGGCUGGAGCUGGGGCCAUCACCAUGGCUGCUGCCCAGGCUGUACAGGCCACAGCACAGAUGAAGGAAGGCAGGCGGACGUCCAGUCUGAAAGCCAGCUACGAGGCCAUCAAGAACAACGACUUCCAGCUGGGCAGAGAGUUCUCUCUGUCCCGGGAAAACACAGGAUACUCCUCCUCUGCUCUGGCCUCCACCCUCACCCAGACCCUCACCCCCACCACCACAUCUGACUCCAGGGGACGCAAGUCCAAAAGCAGCAUCAAGUCUUCCAACCAUCAGUCAUCUUCAUCGUCCUCCUCUUCCUCGCUCUCAUCAUGCUCUUCAUCGUCAGCACUGGCUCAGGAGCUCUCCCAACAGGCCUCAGCUCUACCUGAGGCUGAGGCCAACAGCCAGGUGGACUGGACCUACGACCCCAACGAGCCCCGAUACUGCAUCUGUAACCAGGUUUCUUAUGGAGAAAUGGUCGGCUGUGAUAAUACAGAUUGUCCAAUCGAGUGGUUCCACUACGGCUGUGUUGGUCUGACGGAGGCUCCGAAGGGAAAGUGGUAUUGUCCUCAGUGUACGGCCGCCAUGAAGAGGAGAGGCAGCCGUCACAAAUAGACUCAUCGCUGUCUUCCCGCCAUGUUGGAUUUUAACCUCCAGAUCGUCAUCGUAAAACACAACGACAACAACAAAAGCCAACACACUGCAGAGAGACAGAGGUCAGAGGCUGCUCACACACACAGCAGCAAGUUGACAGAUAAAAUACUUAGUGCCAACACAAAUCGUCUUUGGAACAACAGAAAUGGAUUAAAACCACGUGAAGAAAAACCAUUUGAGUUCUGAGAUUAAAAUCGCAAGUCUGAAAAUAAAAUCAUCUCAUAACUCAUA